UUUCGUUUCCAGUUCAUUUCUGCUGCUGUUGCAACCGUAUCACUGCAGUCCCUCUCCACAGCCUCCCCCUCCACUUUAAGUGCCGCAUUGCUGUAUCAAACUGGGCGAGUUCAUUACGCACGCAUACUUACAGGAGCGCAGGGUGUCUGUUUGCUGAGGGGCGAGCAGACGGAGAACAAGCAAACUCCAGCUGUUCCCACCCUUGAUCAUGGGGAAAGAGAAGAUCCACAUCAACAUUGUGGUCAUCGGCCAUGUUGAUUCUGGAAAGUCGACAACCACUGGCCAUCUCAUCUAUAAAUGUGGAGGGAUUGAUAAAAGGACCAUUGAGAAGUUUGAGAAAGAGGCUGCUGAGAUGGGGAAAGGUUCCUUCAAGUACGCCUGGGUUCUGGACAAGCUGAAGGCUGAGAGGGAGCGGGGCAUCACAAUAGAUAUCUCACUUUGGAAGUUUGAGACCACCAAGUACUACAUAACUAUAAUAGAUGCCCCAGGACACAGAGACUUUAUCAAAAACAUGAUCACUGGCACGUCUCAGGCAGACUGCGCAGUUCUCAUUGUGGCCGCUGGGGUUGGUGAAUUUGAGGCAGGCAUCUCUAAAAACGGGCAAACCAGGGAACACGCCCUACUGGCCUACACACUGGGUGUCAAGCAGCUGAUUGUAGCUGUCAACAAGAUGGACUCCACAGAGCCGGCCUACAGUGAGAAACGCUAUGAUGAGAUUGUUAAGGAAGUAAGCGCCUACAUUAAAAAGAUCGGCUACAGCCCCGCCUCCGUGCCUUUCGUCCCUAUUUCAGGUUGGCACGGUGACAACAUGUUGGAAGCAUCAUCUAAUAUGCCAUGGUUUAAAGGCUGGAAGCUGGACAGGAAGGAGCAGCACGCUAGUGGUGUUACCUUGCUGGAAGCUCUUGACACCAUCAUGUCCCCAACACGCCCCACUGACAAACCCCUCCGUCUACCCUUACAAGACGUCUAUAAAAUUGGAGGUAUAGGGACUGUACCAGUAGGCAGGGUGGAGACAGGUAUCAUGCGGCCCAGCAUGGUGGUGACCUUCGCCCCGGUCAACAUCACGACCGAAGUGAAGUCCGUAGAGAUGCAUCAUGAGUCUCUGAGCGAAGCGCUGCCUGGAGACAAUGUGGGCUUCAAUGUUAAGAACGUGUCGGUGAAAGACAUCCGAAGAGGAAACGUGUGCGGAGACAGCAAAUCAGACCCACCCCAGGAGGCAUCAGGCUUCACAGCACAGGUGAUCAUCUUGAAUCACCCAGGACAGAUCAGUGCUGGUUACUCUCCUGUAAUAGACUGUCAUACGGCUCAUAUCGCCUGCAAGUUUGCCGAGCUUAAGGAGAAGAUCGAUCGCCGCUCAGGCAAGAAGCUGGAAGACAACCCUAAAAGCCUGAAGUCUGGAGACGCCGCCAUUGUAGACAUGAUCCCAGGAAAACCAAUGUGUGUGGAGAGCUUCUCUCAGUAUCCUCCACUAGGUCGCUUUGCUGUCAGAGAUAUGAGGCAGACUGUUGCCGUUGGUGUCAUCAAAAACGUGGACAAGAAGAUUGGGGGCAGCGGAAAAGUAACCAAAUCGGCACAGAAGGCUCAAAAAGCUAGCAAAUAAAUCUCUGAAAGUUACCAUUUCACCUCAGGCCCCGUCCCGCUCAAACAACCAAUCGGCUGCCCCCUCUUUCAUUUGGGCAUGUUCCGUCUGUUCCCUCACGUGUGCUUGAAAAUAUCUGCUCUAACCAAUUGCUGAUGUACGACUGAAGGAAAUAAUGGAGGAUUGACACUAUAUAAUGUACAUUUGGACUUCUCAUGCUAUGUAUUCACUAACAGACUGUUACACACGCAUGGAUGUUUACCUUGGUAUAUGCACGGCAUCUGUUAAAUUAAUUUAGCUGGUGUUGCUAAGAAUGUAUGUUGUGAGUGUGUGUGGUGUACAGUAGUUGGAGAAAGUGAAAGUUUGUGUAAUUGAAAGCUACUUUGACAGUAAUGAUGAUAAAUAAUAUCCAAAGUAAACAAACCGCUGCUAGACAUUUUGUAUCGUUUGUAACUGAGCAUUAGAUGCUAAUCAAUCCAAAGCACCAUGCAUCUCUGCCUUUCAGGUCUUGAGGCGUGUAAAUCUGUUCAUCGUAGCCGAAACAACUGAUCACUAAAUAAAAUAUUGCCCCAAAACCUGUGUUUAUAAAUUAAAUUUGCUGUGAC